AUGAGUCCAUUGUCACCACGAUGUUCUUAUAUUCCAAAAGAAAAAUCUCCACAUUCAAUAUCUAGUCUUGAUGAAAAUGAAAUAGAUGAAGAUCGGAAGAAGUUAGAUCAUCUUGAUGAUGAUUCAUGUCAAAAUUUGCCUAAUUAUGCUACAUUUUCUGUGAAACAAUCACAUGAAUAUGCAGUGAGAAAUUGGUUACUAUCAAAUUUUAUUCAUAUUUAA